UGUAAUUGCGCUAAGCGCGUAGUGUAGAUUUCGGACGGGCAUAUGAUCCAGCGCUCGACCCACGGCUCGUCCACAAACACUGAAAGUGUUUCAUAACAUCGACCCCUCGCCUGACCGGAUCCUCUCCAUCAACAAAAUGAGCAACAGUGAUGUCCGACAGGCCAUGUUGUCCUAUUGGGAGCAAUAUGAGCCCAGCAUCGAAUCCAUGAUGCUCAGUCAGGAUGCCAACGAGCUGGACCGCAUGGAAAAGGACGAAAUCCUGUCCUAUUUGCCGCCCAUCAAAGGACGUUCAAUCCUGGAACUCGGCUCGGGCAUCGGGAGGUUCACGGAACAUUUGGCGGAGAACGCCAAACACCUGACGACGGUCGAUUUCAUGGCCGAUUACGUGGAGAAGAAUCGCCAGCGCCACGGCCACCACGCUCACGUGGACUUUCUGCGUGCCGAUGUCACCGAGCUGCAGUUCCCGGCCGAGAAGAAAUUCGACGUCAUCUUCUCCAAUUGGCUUCUCAUGUACCUGAGCGACGAGGAAAUCAAAGUCCUCACCCGCAACAUGCUCUCCUGGCUCAAAGACGGCGGAUACCUUUUCAUCCGCGAAUCGUGCUUCCAUCCGUCCGGCAACAUCAAGCUCGGUUCCAACCCGACAUUCUACCGCUCGCCGAACGAAUACUUUAGCCUCUUGCAAAAGGAAAUAGGCAGUUGUUUGUCGGACGACGGCGACGAGGAUCAUCAUCGAAGCGUCUUUGAGCUGUCCAGAGCCAAUUCCGUCUCCGCUUACGUCAAGGCUAAAGGUAAUCCCAACCAAUUGUGCUUCUUGCUGAAGAAAAUGCCUUACUCUGCUCAAGAAUACGAGAGCUUCCAGGCCUUCCUGGAUGAGAACCAAUACUCGAGAAAAAGCAUUCUGCGGUAUGAGAAAAUCUUUGGGCCCACUUACAUCAGCACUGGAGGACAGGAGACCACUAUCGAAUUCUGCAAAAAACUUGAUUUAACACCAGGUCAGAAAGUCCUCGAUGUGGGAUGCGGCAUCGGCGGUUCCGCUUUCCACAUGGCUAGAGAGUACGGAGUUGAAGUCAGAGGUGUCGAUCUUUCCACUAACAUGAUCACACUUGCUCUUGAAAACCAAGCCAAGCAAGAAGAAGAGGUUAAAAAGAAGGUCUGUUUUGAAAUCACGGAUAUCACGAAAGCCAUCUUCCCUGACGAGUCGUUUGACGUCAUCUACAGCCGAGACACUCUGUUGCACAUUGGCGACAAAGAAACGCUUUUUGCCAACUUUUUCAAAUGGCUGAAACCUGGAGGCAAAGUUUUGAUUUCCGACUAUUGUCGUGGAGAUCAAGAGCACUCUGAACACUUUUUGCGCUACGUCGCCCAGCGCGGUUAUCAUUUGUUGACCGUUCCCGACUACGGCACCAUCUUUACCAAAGUCGGAUUCGCUAGCGUUGAAGCCAAAGAUGUCACUGAUUACUUCGUCGAUAUUCUGCACAAGGAAACGAAAUUUUUCUCCGAGCAAAAAGAGGAUUUCAUCAAGGAAUUUUCGGCAGAAGAUUACAACGAUAUCCUAUCCGGAUGGCAAGACAAGAUUAAGCGCUGCAGUGAAGGUGACCAAGCUUGGGGUCUAUUCGUUGCUCACAAGUAAUUUUCUAAAAGAAAAUCUGAUCUGAAAAACUUGUUAUGCCAUUUCUGUGUCAAGCCUCUUUACUUGAAUGUAAAAAAAAACAGCCCUCAAUACAUACUAUGAAAAUUUA